AUGCGACCGCGGAAUUCCAGUGCCAAUGCGGAUUGCGGGUGCAGAUGCGGGUGCGGCUCGGGCAAGGCACCCAGCACUGAAGCGUCGUACUCGUCGCAAGUGCUAGGCACCUCGCCAAAAGUGAGAGCCGAGUUGAUGACGGGCUUGUAUUCGGACCCCGCUGAUGCCGCAGCUGAGUCGAACCACUCGGUGAUUUUCCACUGUCCUGUUACUGUUGGCUGUGGUAGCAGCCUACCCAAUCUGUUUUCCGAGGGCACGUCAAUGGAGUAUUCGCGUGUGAGAGCCUGUCGAUUCCGAAUACAGGGUGCUGGCCGUCAUGGGCCCGAGACAAGAGGCGACUAUUGUGAGUUGCGACUGUGCGAGUUGUUCAACGGUGACCGCUAUGCGUCAGUCCGAAUACACCGUGUUUGCGAGUUGCCAGGUCGGUCUUUGGUCAGCGGUGACAGCAACAUGGGGCCACAGCGGAUUCUACCAGUCAAUACCAGGACAGAUGAUGGAAAGAUGAGACAGAACUGGAGAAGAAAGUAG